AUGGGAUUUCGUAUUGUAAUUGCUGGCGAGUCACAAUGCCCAGCAUACGCAGAAACUUGUCUUUUAGCAGAUUAUCUUGCUCAAAAUCUUCCAAACUUUUGUUAUAAUUGUAUUGAGAAGUCUGUUAUGGACUGGAGGAACUGGCUAUGCAAAGUUAAUAUUAAAAAUAAAUGGCAUCAUAUGGAAUCUCCUAUAGUUUGGAAAGAAAUGUUAAUGAAGGGCAGCAAGGCAUAUUAUAUUGGAGGGGCUUCAGAGUUUUUGGACUACUGUUAUUCCUAUUAUAACUUCGAUUCUUUGUUUGCAUCUGAUAAAUACGAUGGAUUGUUAGACAAUGUAUUGCAGUUUAAGAAAAAGGUCAAUAUAGAAUCUAUUUAUCUUAGAGCAGAUGAGGAAAAAUCCCACCCAAGUGAUACUGAACGCAAACGUAAUAUUGUGGUAACUAUUUCUGGCGCCGGUCAUCUGUUAGCAAUGCAUUUGAUCUCGGGGCUACUGGACUAUGAAAUGACAGAAGGUGAUAUGUAUAUACAUAAAAUAUAUUUAUACGACGAAUGUUGCUCUCAAACCUUCAUGAAUUUCGUGGAAAAAGAUUGUUCUUAUGUCCAGACAGACAAUCCUGGCAGAACUGUAAAGUAUGUUACAAAAAUCGGAAUGGCCCUUACGUCUACGGAUGUGCUGAUAGUCCUGGAUCAUGUGCCAUUUCAAGAAUCUAGACCCGUUGGAGAAUGGUUGCGCGAUAACCAACGGAAAAUGAAAGAAUUGGCUCUGAUGAUUAACGCUUCAGGGUCGAGGAAAAUGGUUAUAAUUUUUCCUAACUUAGGACCAGCUUGUUACAACGCCACGAUACUUAAAAACCGUGUGAACAUUUGCCGUCAGAAUAUUGUUGUAGCGACAUCAGAUGCAGGAACGGAAAUAUUACCAAUCGUUGCAAAGAUAGUCGAGGUCCCUAUGAGAAACAUAUUUUGUCCACCUGUAUGGGGCUUCGUUGGAAUAAACAAAUUGGUGGAUAUAAGAACGACAGUACAUAAGUAUAACUGUUUCAGUGCUUAUAGUAGAUACACCAGAGUAAGGAAUUCAACUCUAAACAUUGGAUCAAUAACACCAGAAAUGCGGACUUUAGAUUACUUGAUGCAUUUCGACAGAUCUUUAUGGAUUAAAGUAGGGGAAAUGAAACAAAAGUACGGCCAAGGAGAGGCACGACUAAGCAAAGCGCUUGCAGUGAUAAAUUUGAUCAAUUUAUGGCUCCUAAAUCCAAGCCCCGAUAACAUAGUAUCUUUAGGAAUGUGUUGUGACGGAUCGUUUGGAUUAAAUUUCGAUGGAAUAUUUUCUCAACCCGCAAGAUUAGUUAAUGGACGAUGGGUUCCGGCUACAGAUUUCUUGAUGCCAUUGGAUCGUCAAGUGAAGCUUCCAUAUUUAGUGCAAAUUGCAGAAUAUGUGCUAAACAUGAAACCUAAGGAAUUGCCAGAAGUGAAAUUGCACGGACCAUGCAUUUGCAAACCAAAAUUUUACAAACAUAAGGAUGUGAAGAAGGACACGUAA